AUGAGUAUUAAGCUUGUGAUAGGGGAUGAAGUUGUAACUAUUGUGAGUGCCUAUGCACCACAAGCAGGACUAGAUGCGUCAACAAGACAAGAAUUUUGGGAGAAUUUAGAAGAAGUGGUGCAACGUGUCCCUAGAAGUGAGAAACUGAUCAUUGGUGGGGAUCUUAACGGACAUGUAGGCUCGAGUCGCGAUGGAUUUGAAAGCAUUCAUGGUGGUUUUGGGUAUGGGGAGCGGAAUGAAGCGGGAAAUGCUAUUUUGGAUUUUGCAUUGGCAUAUGACUUGGGUAUAAUGAACACUUGGUUUGAGAAAAGAGAAUCUCACCUAGUAACCUAUAGGAGUGGAGGUAAUGCGAGUCAGAUUGACUUCUUUUUAGUAAGGAUUGCUUUGAGACAAUGUUACACCAAUUGUAAGGUGAUUCCGGGUGAGAGUACAUCAACCCAACAUAGACUUGUGGUACUUGAUUUUCGAGGUAGAAGUUAUAUAAGAAAGAGAAGACCACUAGUGGAGCCUAGGAUCAAGUGGUGGAAACUUCAAGGGGAGCAAUAA